AUGACAUACUCAAAACAACACAGCAAAAACUACGUUGUUAUACGACCAUGCAUCUGUCUAUUAUGGACAGUAAUUCUAGCAGCCUUUGUAACAGCAGCGUUUCUACUAUGGCCGGUCGAUCCAGAAAUCGAAAUGGAGAAGUUAACGGUGAAACGAGCCAAGGUUCAUCCUCUACCGCCGUUAAGUGCUACCGUGUGGUUGUCAGUGGCGGUGAAAGUUCACAACAAGGUUCUGUGUUGGAUGGAGCUGAAGGGGGUUGACGUCGGGAUAAAGUAUCGUGGACAGAAGCUGGGUCAUGUGGAGACGGAGGGUUGGCAUGUGGUGGGGUGGGGCUCGGCUCAUGUGUUUGGUGAUCUUGAGUUUGGUGGACUGCCGUCUCCUGAAGUGGCACAUUUUAUGCAGGAUCUUGGGAAGGGUAGGAUCCAGUUUCAUACUGCGGUUGAAGUUAUGGGAAAUCUUGGACUUUUUUUCUUUCGCUUCCCUAACGUUUUCAAGGUAAAACUAUCCUGUGAGGUAUUGGUGGAUACAAAAAACCACACAAUUAUAAAUCAACAUUGUAUUGUAAAGGAUUAA